AUGCCAGGAAAUAAAGCCUUAGAAAUUACUCAUGUAAUAUUUGAUUUGGAUGGUUUAUUGAUUGAUACGGAGCCAACUUAUACAGAAACUCAUACAUUUGCUAUGAAGCAUUACGGAAAAAAAUUUACACUGGAUUUGAAGUCAUUUACAAUGGGUAUGAAACAUGAACCUUCCAUCAAAAUGUUACUCGAUAAGGUUGGCUUAACAGACAAAGUGAGUGUUAAGGAAUACGAUAAUUUGUACAAUCCAAUACUUCUCAAAAAGUUACCAUAUUGUCAAAAGAUGCCUGGAGCGUUACGAUUGGUUCGACAUUUUCAUAAACAUAAUAUACCGAUGGCAAUAUGUUCUGGAUCCAGUAGUUAUUCAUUCAAAUUUAAAACAAUGAAUCAUAAAGAUCUUAUCGAUUUAAUACCUCUGCAGGUGAAAUGCAGUAGCGAUCCAGAAAUAAAAGAAGGUAAACCAUCACCAGAAGCAUAUCUUGUAACAAUGCAAAGAUUCCGGAAUCCACCAGUUGGACCCAGUAAUGUUUUGGUUUUCGAGGAUGCUCCAAAUGGUGUUUUGGCUGCUAUUCGUGCUGGAAUGAAUGUUGUCAUGGUGCCCGAUUUGAGGUACGUAAAAGUACCUGAUGAAGGGAAGGAGCAAAUUGUGGAAGUGCUAAAAAGCUUAGAAGAUUUCAGGCCUGAAUCAGUAGGCUUACCAGCUUUCGACCAUUUGUAA